CAGCGCCCCUUCGGUUCGGCUCGGCUCGGCUCAACCCCACCUUUUGGAUUGCAGCCGCGCAGCAAGCACAGUGCGGAGCGGAGACGCCGCGCAGAGCUCUUUUCGCUUUUGACCGCCCAAGCGCCAAAAUAGCAGCCGAACGAUGACACUGAUCCACGCGGGCUCCAAGUACAACAUCAUCUGACAACCUGCGCCCCGCACAAGCUCCUCUUCUCCUCGGCUCCUUGCGCAGAGAGAAAAAUCCCCCCCCGCGCCCCCGCCCGGCGAGACCAUGAUGCUGAGCGGCUCGGCAGAGGCGCCCGGCCCGGGCGCCCUGAGCGGCCUCGGCGGGCUGAGCGAAGCGGCUCGCAACGUGGUGCGCUCCUCCAGCAUCUCGGGGGCCAUGUACAACCUGGAGAAGAGUCCCGGGGGCGGGGCGCCCGAGUCGGCGUCGCUGGCCGGCAACAAGAAGCGGCGCUCCAGUCUGGGCGCCAAGAUGGUGGCUAUUGUGGGCUUGUCGCAGUGGAGCAAGAGCACGCAGCAGCUCAACCAGCACGACGGCGGAACCAAGAAGCUUCGCAGCACCAUCCGACGGAGCACGGAGACCGGCAUCGCCGUGGAGAUGAGGAACCGGGUGACGCGGCAGGGAAGCAAGGACUCCACCGACGGCAGCACCAACUCAAACAGCUCCGACGGAACGUUCGUCUUCCCGACCACGCGCCUGGGGCCCGAGAGCCAGUUCAGCGACUUCCUGGACGGCUUAGGCCCCGCUCAGAUCGUGGGGCGGCAAACAUUAGCCACGCCUCCCAUGGGGGACGUCCAUGUGGGGGUGGUGGACAGAGGAGGUCAGCUGGAGGUGGAGGUCAACCAGGCCAGAGGCUUGAUCCCCAAACCAGGCUCCAAGAAUAUCCCAGCAACCUACGUGAAGGUGUACGUCCUCGAGAACGGGGUGUGCUUGGCCAAGAAGAAAACCAAAGUGGUGAAGAAGAAUCUGGACCCCAGCUACCAGCAGCCGCUGCUGUUUGAUGAGAGUCCUCAGGGAAAAGUCCUCCAGGUCAUUGUGUGGGGGGAUUACGGGCGGAUGGACCACAAGUGCUUCAUGGGAAUGGCCCAGAUCCUGCUGGAGGAUUUGGACCUGUCGGCGAGCGUCGGCGGCUGGUACAAGCUCUUCCCUACCUCCUCCGUGGCGGAGCCCAGCAUCGGACCCCUGGCGCGACGCCUCUCGCAGUCCUCCCUGGAGAGCGCCGCCAGCCCCUCGUGCACCUAACAAGGCUGAGUGGCGCAAACCCUCGGACUGUACAUACCACUCCAGACUGUAAAACCCCCGUAGCCCCUCCGUACGCGCGUCCUUUCUCACCCGGUCGCAGGGGCGGUGGAGACCCUGGUAAAUAUGACCCGAAGACGUAGCAUUUUUCCUCCUCCGUGUUGCAACAUUCCCAACCGUGAGGCGUCGGGUUCACACAGUGCCAUACGUAAGCUGCAUUCGCAGGUUCCGCCGGAGGGCCGUGCGGAUGACGCGUUCCAAACUCUCUAUGCCAAACUUUAAAAACGACAACGUCAACAACUAUUUUUUUUUUCAAACCAAAGCAAUUGUUUCUGGUAGUAGUCGUCAAACGAUGUAACGUGUGGAUAUGUAGCAGAGCCAAUGCUAUUGUGUGGGCCAGGUGCAGAUCUUGGAGCUAUUUUCAGGUAGCCACACUCCACUUGCACAGGCCAGGGCCCAGUUGAUAGCUAGAUAUGCAUCCAGACAUAAAGAGUUCCGCGUUUAGUUGUUGUGUUCACGUGCGUACGUAUCGGCCACAGUCUGCAUGCUCGCUCGCUUGCAAUCUUUUUGCAAAAAAAACAAAAA